AUGUCGACAGGAACUGCGCGGGAAUGUUUGUAUCGGUUUUGCCAUAAUGUGGUGAAACUGUAUAGCAAACAAUAUUUGCGGAAACCAAACGCGUAUGAUGUUCAACAGUUGUACCAAGCUCAUGAAGCAAGGCACGGGUUUCCGGGAAUGCUUGGUAGCAUUGAUUGCAUGCAUUGGGAGUGGCAUAACUACCCGACUGCGUGGCGAGGCCAAUACACGCGAGGUGAUCACGGCCAUCCAACCUUAAUACUUGAGGCCGUGGCGUCACAAGAUUUGUGGAUCUGGCAUUCUCUCUUUAGGCUCCCUGGUUCACUCAACGACCUCAACGUGCUAUACCAAUCGGCGAUCUUUAGCGAUGUCGUUAAUGGAACCGGUCCGGACACCCGUUUUACAGUUUCAGGGGUUGAGUAUAGACGCGGGUAUUAUCUUGCUGACGGAAUAUAUCCGUCUUGGUCUACAAUUGUCAAGACAAUUCCAUAUCCCGAGGACGAAAAAAGGAAAAAAUUCGCCAAGCGUUAA